AUGGGCGCCUACGGCGCGCUGCGCACGGCCGACGCGCUGCACCCGCUGGACGAGUUGCGGACGUGCAUCGGCCGAUACGAGGGCUGCGACCUGCGCAUGGAGGCCCGCGGCAUCUCCCGCUUCCACGCCGAGCUCGUCUUCACGGCCGGCGGCCGCGAGCCGACGCUGUGCGACCUGGGCUCCAGCAACGGCACCUUCGUCAACGGCGAGCGGCUCGCGGCGCGGGAGCCGCGUCGGCUGCUGCACGGGGACGUCCUACACUUCUCGGCCUUCGAGAGGGCCUCCUACCGCCUCGAGCUGAGCGGCGGCGUUCUCGUCGGCGCGGCCGGCUGCGGCGCGAAGAGCUCGCCGGGACGGGCUCCAGCAGGGGUCCAGGGCGUGCUGCAGUGCCUGCGCCAGCUCAGCCACGGGGCGGGCGCCGGCCGCCAGGCGGGCAAGUCCAUGGCCACCUCUGGUGCCUGGAACGCCCGCGAGGGAGGGGGCAGCGGCCGUCAGGGGCUGGACGGGCCGGCAGAGGCUCCGCAGCUCAGCUGCCAGGGGCUCCGCCCUCGCAGCCAGAACAGCGCGCGCGACGCGCCCUUUGCAGACAGGUGCAGCGCCAGGAUCUCGGGGCCUGUGGAGCCGCCGAAGUGCCGCAGCUGCCGCCCAGGGCUGCCGCCGCCCGAGCGGCCGGCCCUGGCCGCCACCCUCGCGGCCCUCGCAGCCGGCGAGGCAGCGCCCGCGGCCCCCGCCGCAGAGGCCGCCGCGGAGGCCGCCACGGAGGGCGCGGUGCAGCCGCGACCAGGCGUGGUGCAGCUGACGGCCGUCCCGCUGCUGCUCACGCUGCUGAAGGACCUCCGCGCCCAGGCGGAGGCGGGCCUGGCGAUUGACGGCUCGAUGACGAGGUGGUGCCAGGACGCCAGGGGCCAGACCGCCCGCCUGGAGCAGACCCUGCGGCGGCAGGCGAGCGAGGCUGGCAGCGCGGCCCGCCAGGUGGUGCUGGAGAGCAAGCGGUUGAUAAGCGAGGCAAGUUUGAUCAACGCCACCACCGACGAGAAGGAAGAGCAGCUGAAGGAUUCCACUGCAGCAGCCCAGGAUGCGUCGACGCAGCUCAUGACGGAGAGGCGGCAGUUGGAGACCAUGCUCGAGGCCGCGGGCCACGCCGUGGACUUCCUGGGCGCCGGGCCCGGGAGCGGCGACCAGCCGCCGGCCGCCGCGGACCACAGCCUCGACGCCGAGCUCGUCAGCAGCCUGGCCCAGCUGCAGCACGUGGCUGGCAUCGGAGGCCCCUCCCAGGAGGUGCUGUCCGGACAGGGUGGCCAGGGCCAGGGCGCCGGCGCGUGGCGGCUGAGGGAGACGCUGGUGCGCCUGCAGGGGGAGCUGCGGCGCGGCCUGGCCGCCGCCGCGAGCGAGGAGCAGGAUGUGAAGCAGAAGCACUGGAUAUUCGCCGACCACCUGAAUUCCUCGGUGAUGGAGAUCCAGUCGCAGAUCGCGGCGGUCAAGAUGCAGGCGGCGCAGCGCAAGCGCGAGCGCCUCCGGCUCGAGGCCCGCAUCGGCGAGCUCACGGCGCUGCUCGCGGCCGCGGCCGAGGGCAGCCGGGCGACGGACGCGGCCUGUGCCAACGACGACAAGCAGAGAAAGGAGAUCGCUGAACACAUCAAGGCGCAGUCCGCCACCAUCCGGUCCAUGCUGGAGCAGGCCCCCUCCGCGGGUGGCCUCGGCCAGCGUGCCGGCCCGCCGGGCGCGGCGUCGUUCCUGCAGGUGCGGGAGAAGUCGCCAGUUUCGACCAGCUUGCUGAAGCAUGCAGCGGAGGAUUUGGAAGCCUUGGCGAGGCGCUUCCCGCAGGACAUGGAAGCGUCAUGCGGAGUCAGGUUGCCACGGGUUGCCACGAAGUGCCCCAGUAGGAUUUGUA